CCUCUCCAAGUAGUAAUAUUAUGAAAUCAAGUCGAAGAGUUCUUUCCCUGUUGGACCAGUGUCUCACCUUUACACAAAUCAAGCAAAUUCAAUCACACCUCGCUGUUUCAGGCACCCUUUUCGAUCCCUAUGCUGCAGCCAAGAUUAUCGCCUUUUGCUCAACGUCUGAUGCUAGUUAUGUUUGCCAUGCUUAUCGUCUCUUUCAUUGUAUGCCUUACCGGACCACCUACAUUUGGAACACUAUGAUUAGAGCCUUUGCUGAAGGAAAUGAGGCCAUAAGAGCCUUGUCUCUUUACAAGAAUAUGCUAGAGAAUGGCUUUUUACCAAACAACUACACCUUCUCCUUCCUCCUUAGGGCUUGUACUGAGCUUUCUGACCUCUCUUUGGGCUUCACAAUUCAUGGUCAAACGAUCAGAUUGGGCUGGGAAUCAUAUGACUUUGUGCAGAAUGGACUAAUCCAUUUGUAUGCUACUUGUUUCUGCAUGGACCCAGCUCGUAAGUUGUUUGAUGUGAAUGUAAACAGGGAUGUUAUAACGUGGACUUCUUUAAUCAAUGGGUAUGCCAAGUCAGAACAGCUUUUGAUUGCACGCGAAUUGUUUGAUAAAAUGCCAGAAAAGAAUACCGUUUCUUGGAGUGCUAUGAUUAAUGGCUAUUGCCAAGUUGGAUUGUUCAAAGAGGCUUUAGAGCUUUUCAGUGACAUGCAGGCUUCUGGUUUUGCACCUAGUCAUGCUGCUAUAGUGGGUGCACUAACUGCUUGUGCUUUCCUUGGUGCAUUAGACCAAGGAAGGUGGAUACAUGCGUAUGUUGGUAGAAAAGGAAUGCAAAUAGAUAGAGUGGUGGGUACUGCUCUUAUUGACAUGUACGCUAAGUGUGGCUGUAUACAAACUGCUUGUGUUGUAUUUGAUGGGUUGUCAGAGAGGGAUGUGUUUGCUUUUACUUCUUUAAUUUCAGGCCUAGCUAAUCAUGGUCAGAGCACAAGGGCCAUUGAGUUAUUUAUGAGGAUGCAGAGGGAGGGAGUUCAACCAAAUGAGGUUACGUUUAUCAGUGUCUUGAGUGCUUGUAGCCGAAUGGGAUUGGUAGAUGAAGGGUUGAGAAUCUUUGAAAGCAUGAGAAGUAUUUACGGGAUUGAGCCACGGGUCCAGCACUAUGGAUGUUUGGUGGAUCUCCUGGGGAGAGUUGGGAUGAUAGAGGAGGCCAAAAAGGUGGUAAGAGAGAUGCCAAUAGAGCCAGACUCAUAUGUCUUGGGUGCAUUGCUUAAUGCAUGUAGAGUUCAUGGUGAUGUCGAGUUGGGUCAAGAGAUGGUUUUGUGCUUGGCUGAGCAAGGAUUAGACCAUAGUGGGGUUCAUGUUCUUCUUUCAAACAUGUACGCGUCUGCUGACCAAUGGGAUUUUGUCACUAAAGUAAGAAAGAAAAUGGAAAUGAAGAAGGUGGCAAAAGUGCCAGGCUGUAGUUCAAUUGAAGUUGAUGGUUUGGUUUAUGAAUUCGUUGCUGGAGAUAGGUCCCAUGUGCUCAUGGACGAGAUAGUAUUAUCAUUACUUUCCAUUGAAAAACAUUUGAAGUCUAUAUGGUUUGAUAAUACCAAUGAUGGCAAGAUUACUGAUUAAAUUCUGUUGCAUAGUUUUUUCUUACUAGCCAUCAUGGAUGUCAUAAA